AAGGGGAUGUAUGUAAUAUUUUUAAAAGGCUGAUACUGGUUCCUGGUUGCAGGCUUUGUUGACCCAAGGCAUCCCUUCAUAACCACAUUAUUGCCUACUGGAGACUCCUACAGAACAGAAGGGAACUGUCAGGAAGCAAAGAUGAUCUCCUUCAAGCAACUGCCCCUUGAAGUGAAGGCUGCAGUGGUUGCAGGAGUGGUUUUCUUCUCCACGAUGCUAUCACGGAGCUACCUGGCAGAAAAACUGGAGCUUAAGACACGACGUUGGCUUUUCAGAUUGCAGAUGGCACUAUUUGCUAAUGCACUCAUGUUGAUAGGAUCUCGCCAUGUGUGGAGAAGCACAGUCACUGUGUUCUCCAGGUCGUCGGCUGCUAGCUCCUUCUGUUUCAUGCCGUGGAAAAUAGCUGUGUUGAUGUUUCUAGCCUUGGCACAUUCAAGCUUCUUUACGAUGCUGUUUCUUGUUGCAGAAGAGCCCUAUUUGUUUUCUUUAGCUGCCUACACUUGCCUAGGGGCCUAUAUCAUUCUUAUCUUCUUUCUCUUCACUCUAGGCUCUGUAGAGCAGGCUUAUAAAUUCUUGGCUGGGAGAGGUGCUAAGGCAGGAAGCAGCAAUAAGAGUAGCAGAACAGCAAUAAAGCCAGUUCUGGCAGUCGUGCUGACUGUUGUGUUGACUGUUGUUGGGCUGUUAAAUGCUUCCCAGCCUCCGACUGUGAAUUCAGUGGAGGUUCCAGUUCACAAGCUGCCGUCAACAAUGAAUAAUCUGAAAGUGGUAUUGCUUUCGGAUAUCCAUCUGGGGCCUACAGUUGGGAAGACGAAGCUUGCCAUGAUUGUGAGAAUGGUUAAGGCCUUGAAACCAGAUAUCACAGUGAUUGUUGGGGACCUGACUGACUCAGAAGUGGAUAUCAUACAACCUGCUGUUGAGCCUCUUAGAGAACUUAAUUCCCCUUUAGGGACUUACUUUGUCACAGGAAACCAUGAGUACUAUACAUCGGAUGUUGGCAACUGGUUUGAACUGUUGAAAUCAUUUAACAUUCGGCCACUCCACAAUGAGAACGUGAAGAUUGUUUCACCAAAGAGCACUGACGACUGGUUCUGCCUGGCUGGCGUCGAUGAUAUUGAGGCAGAUGUAUUACGCUACUCAGGGCAUGGCAUGGAUUUAAAAAAAGCUCUCAGUGAUUGUAGCAAUGAGCAUGCAAUAGUGCUGUUAGCUCAUCAGCCAGUUGCUGCAAAAUGGGCCCUUCAAGAGAGACCAGACAUAAAUUUAAUCCUCUCUGGCCAUACUCAUGGAGGGCAGAUGUUCCCGCUAAAUGCUGGGGCUUAUUUUCUGAAUCCUUUCUUUGUUGGCUUGUACAGAGUUGGGCAGAACACCUUUGUCUAUGUCAGCCCAGGGACGAUGUACUUUGGCAUACCCAUGAGGUUGGGCAGCAGGGCUGAAAUAACAGAAAUAAUUCUGCGUUCUCCUUGACUUCUGCCAUCUUUGUUGAAUAUACCCCAGAGAAGUUUUGGGAUUGAUUAUGAUUGCAACUGCUUUGUCAAGGAUGGGAGACCUUUCCGUUACAUCUCGGG